AUGGCUGCUAAAGAUUUAAUUUUUAGUACAGAUGCAAGAAAUAAACUAUUUCAGGGAAUUUCUAAAUUGGCAAGAGCAGUUAGAGUUACUUUGGGCCCAAGAGGUAGAAAUGUAAUUAUUGAUAAAUCAUAUGGCGCACCUAGAAUUACUAAAGAUGGUGUUACUGUAGCAAAAGAAAUUGAUUUGUCUGAUAAAUUUGAAAACAUGGGUGGAAGAAUAAUUCGUGAAGUAGCAUCUAAAACUUGUGAUAUGGCAGGUGAUGGUACAACAACAUCAACAGUUUUGGCUCAUGCAAUUCUUGAGAAAAGUCUUAAGGCAAUUGAAACAGGUGCAAAUCCUGCAGAUUUGAAAAAAGGUAUUGAUAUAGCAUCUAAAAAAGUUAUUGAAUUCUUAAAAGAUAAAUCAAUUGAAAUUAAUGACUCCAAGCAGAUAAAACAGGUAGCAACUAUUUCUGCUAAUGGUGAAGAAGAAAUUGGUAAUGUAAUUGCAGAAGGUUUUAAAAAGACUGGUCCAGAUGGAGUUAUGACAGUUGAAGAUGCAAAAUCUUUUGAAACUGAAUUAGAUGUUGUAGAAGGUAUGCAGUUUGACCGUGGUUAUCUUUCUCCUUAUUUUGUAACUAAUGCAGAGAAAAUGUUGGUUGAAUUGGAUAACCCUUUUGUUAUGAUUUAUGAUAAAAAAAUUAGCUCAAUCCAGGUUAUUGUUCCAAUAUUAGAACAGGUUAUUAAAGCUGGUAAUAAGGGUUUGCUUUUAAUUGCAGAAGAUAUUGAAGGUGAUGCUUUAGCUGCUUGUGUUUUGAAUAAAAUGCAUGGUGGUUUGAAAAUUUGUGCUGUAAAAGCCCCUGGUUUUGGUGAUCGUCGUAAGGAAAUUUUGAAAGAUAUUGCUAUUCUAUGUGAUGGUCAAGUGAUAAGUGAUGAAAUUGGUAUUAAGUUAGAAAAUGUUGCUCUUGCAGAUUUAGGAAAAUGUAAAACUGUAAAAAUUACUAAAGAUUCAACUACAAUUAUUGGCGGUUUUGGAAGUAAAGAUUCAAUUGAUAGCAGAUGUAAACAAUUAAAAGCAGAAAUUGCUAACCCUGAAACUUCUCAAUAUGAUAGGGAAAAGUGCCAAGAACGUUUAGCAAAACUUUCUGGUGGUAUUGCUGUAAUUAGAGUUGGUGGUGCAACAGAAAUAGAAGUUAAAGAACGUAAAGAUCGUGUUGAAGAUGCUUUAGGUGCUACUAAAGCUGCUAUAAGGGAAGGUAUUAUUGUAGGUGGAGGAGUUGCUCUUCUUCGCGCUGUUAAUAUAUUGAAAGAUAUUAAAAGCGAUAAUGAAGAUAUUAAGGCUGGUAUUGAUAUAUUCCGCUCUGCAUUAUUUGCUCCUGCCCGUCAAAUUGCUGAUAAUGCUGGAUUUGAAGGUAUUAUUGUUGCUAAUAAAAUUUUAGAAAACAGCAAUUUCAACUUUGGUUUUGAUGCUAGCGUAGGUGAGUAUACUGAUCUGUUUGAGAGAGGUGUUAUUGAUCCUAUGAUGGUUAUUCGUGCUGGAAUUGAAAAUGCAGUUUCUAUUUCAACAUUGGCUAUGCUAACUGAAGCUAUGAUUAGCGAGGUGGAAUCCAAUAAUAAGCCUGGAAUGCCAAAUAUGCCAGGAGGAAUGGGUGGUAUGCCUAUGAUGUAA